CGCCAUAAAACCCACAGAAGAAGUGUUUGUUUUGACUGCUAGCAUACUGCUGGAAAGUUAGCUAGCGCAAGAAAACGAAUGCAUGAUUCUUGAAGCGAUAUAUGGUUUGAAUUUAGAUAGUAUAAUAAGAUAAACUAAUACGUAUGAUUUUUGUUUAAGAUAAUGUAAGUAGCCCCCUUUCUAGGAACGCGUACGUUAGCUAGCUAGUAGGAACUGCUAUGUACAGUUCCAGUCAACUUGAAUGCAUGACCUGCUGAGUACUAACGUUAGCUAACUAGAUAAAUAAGAUGGCAAACUCCACUAAGGUGUUAUAGUUUAUUGUAAACUGUAAACAUUACCUAGCCUAUUCGUUUACUUGUGGACCGUGAUGGCUGCAAACAAACUUCAUAAACGCUAACUAGCUAGCUGAUAAAAGCUAGCUAGUAACGUAGCUAGCUUAGCUACAUAUCUCGCUGCGUUGAUCAAAUGUCAACUAUGCCAUGGACAGUAAGCUGUUCAACACCGUCAACUGAAUCAUUUCUAUCCACGUCCGUUUAUCAACUGUGAGCUAAGUCGAUCAAAAUGAGGAUCCUAAGGGCCUUGAUGAGUAACGCCGCCUCCAUGGGAAAGCAUAUUGAUUACUACUCCAGAUUCUCCCCUUCACCCCUCUCGAUGAAACAGUUCUUGGACUUCGGUAAGUGGACUUGAUUCUCAAUGUCUUUAGCCAACUGUUUGCUAACUUCAUUGAGACGUGGCACAUAGGCUUUAUAUAGCUGCUUCACCUGGUUCAUAUCUUUCAUCUAACUAACCAUCAGUCAUGUUUGUUCUGUUCCACAUUUAGGGUCUGGUGAAAAUGCAUGCGAGAAAACAUCGUUUACAUUCCUCAGACAGGAGCUACCUGUGAGGUUGGCAAAUAUAAUGAAGGAGAUCAACUUGUUACCUGAUAAUCUGCUAAAGACUCCAUCAGUCCGGUUGGUCCAGAGCUGGUGAGUACUGUCAUUUUAGAGCCAUCAGACCCCCAUCUAGCCUGUUGGAACCAGCCUGAAUGCUGCUUUUACUAUUGUAUUUCACUUCAGUAAAACAGGAGGGUGACUGCAGCAAUCAGGCUGGUUCCACCAGGCUAAUUCCCAUCUUCUCCUGUUAUGCAUGUUCAGCAGGCCUAUGAAUAGCUUAACCAAUGUAUUGGGUCAUUUUCUAUUUUUAGGUACAUGCAAAGUCUUAAAGACAUCAUUGAGUUCAAGGAGAAAGAUGCUGAUGAUGAGAAAGUAACAUAUGAGUAAGAUUAUAAUCACGUUUGGUUAUUCAUGCUUACAUAUCACUAAUAUAAACUAGGCCCAUUGUGGAUCAUAAUUCCUUUGGUGUCCGUCUUCACAUAGUUUCACUGAUGCUGUUAUAAAGAUCCGAAACCGUCACAAUGACGUCAUCCCGACCAUGGCCCAGGGGGUUGUGGAGUACAAGGAGACCUAUGGCACAGACCCCAUCGUCAGCCAGAAUGUUCAGUAUUUCCUGGAUCGCUUCUACAUGAGCAGAAUAUCCAUCAGGAUGCUGCUUAACCAGCACAGUGAGCAUGUCACCUGUUAUUGCACCCACACUGAUGUCAAAAGCUGCAGCAUUGCUCAGAAGAGGAACAUUUCAAAUGGAAACUGUUUCUGGCAGUUUAAAGACAUUCUGUUAAAGGCGAAAAAUAUCUUACAUCCUAAGACCAGAAUAUCUGAAAGAAAUUGACAAAUAAUGGAAGCAGAGCUGUCAAACUUGUUAUAUAAACAUCUGUUAAAUGUUAGUGGUGACAGUUUUGCAUGUAUCUGUACGUCUUCUAUUCUAGCCCUGCUCUUUGGCGGGAAAGUGAGGGUAAACCCAGCUCAUCCUAAACAGAUUGGCAGUAUUGAUCCGCACUGCAGUGUUACUGAGGUAGUCAGGGGUAAGUGCUGCACAAUUUUAAACAACUGAAAUAGGCCUAAAUUGAUAGCAACAAUACAGUAUUACUUUCCUAUAUACAGUGGGGGGAAAAAGUAUUUAGUCAGCCACCAAUUGUGCAAGUUCUCCCACUUUAAAAAGAUGAGAGGCCUGUAAUUUUCAUCAUAGGUACACGUCAACUAUGACAGGCAAAUUGAGAUUUUUUCUCUCCAGAAAAUCACAUUGUAGGAUUUUUAAUGAAUUUAUUUGCAAAUUAUGGUGGAAAAUAAGUAUUUGGUCACCUACAAACAAGCAAGAUUUCUGGCUCUCACAGACCUGUAACUUCUUCUUUAAGAGGCUCCUCUGUCCUCCACUCGUUACCUGUAUUAAUGGCACCUGUUUGAACUUGUUAUCAGUAUAAAAGACACCUGUCCACAACCUCAAACAGUCACACUCCAAACUCCACGAUGGCCAAGACCAAAGAGCUGUCAAAGGACACCAGAAACUAAAUUGUAGACCUGCACCAGGCAGGGAAGACUGAAUCUGCAAUAGGUAAGCAGCUUGGUUUGAAGAAAUCAACUGUGGGAGCAAUUAUUAGGAAAUGGAAGACAUACAAGACCACUGAUAAUCUCCCUCGAUCUGGGGCUCCACGCAAGAUCUCACCCCGUGGGGUCAAAAUGAUCACAAGAACGGUGAGCAAAAAUCCCAGAACCACACGGGGGGACCUAGUGAAUGACCUGCAGAGAGCUGGGACCAAAGUAACAAAGCCUACCAUCAGUAACACACUACGCCGCCAGGGACUCAAAUCCUGCAGUGCAAGACGUGUCCCCCUGCUUAAGCCAGUACAUGUCCAGGCCCGUCUGAAGUUUGCUAGAGUGCAUUUGGAUGAUCCAGAAGAGGAUUGGGAGAAUGUCAUAUGGUCAGAUGAAACCAAAAUAUAACUUUUUGGUAAAAACUCAACUCUUCGUGUUUGGAGGACAAAGAAUGCUGAGUUGCAUCCAAAGAACACCAUACCUACUGUGAAGCAUGGGGGUGGAAACAUCAUGCUUUGGGGCUGUUUUUCUGCAAAGGGACCAGGACGACUGAUCCAUGUAAAAGAAAGAAUGAAUGGGGCCAUGUAUCGUGAGAUUUUGAGUGAAAACCUCCUUCCAUCAGCAAGGGCAUUGAAGAUGAAACGUGGCUGGGUCUUUCAGCAUGACAAUGAUCCCAAACACACCGCCCGGGCAACGAAGGAGUGGCUUCGUAAGAAGCAUUUCAAGGUCCUGGAGUGGCCUAGCCAGUCUCCAGAUCUUUGGAGGGAGUUGAAAGUCCGUGUUGCCCAGCGACAGCCCCAAAACAUCACUGCUCUAGAGGAGAUCUGCAUGGAGGAAUGGGCCAAAAUACCAGCAACAGUGUGUGAAAACCUUGUGAAGACUUACAGAAAACGUUUGACCUGUGUCAUUGCCAACAAAGAGUAUAUAACAAAGUAUUGAGAAACUUUUGUUAUUGACCAAAUACUUAUUUUCCACCAUAAUUUGCAAAUAAAUUCAUUAAAAAUCCUACAAUGUGAUUUUCUGGAUUUUUUUUUCUCAUUAUAGUUGACGUGUACCUACGAUGAAAAUUACAGGCCUCUCUCAUCUUUUUAAGUGGGAGAACUUGCACAAUUGGUGGCUGACUAAAUACUUUUUUUCCCCACUGUAAACUGCUUUGCCUUUCCCCCAGAUGCGUAUGAAAAUGCAAGAAACCUUUGUGAUCGGUAUUACAUGAACUCUCCCGAGUUGGUACUGGAAGAAUUCAAUGGUAAAUGUUUGGAUUUCAUUCCCAACUUAUGCAUAAUAAUAAACUUGGUGGACUGUUGAUGAUAUUAGACUGCGUUUACAUGUAUUUUCAGAAGUUAUUGCAUCACACUUACAGUUCCUACAUUUUCCAAUUGUCUCUACAGUGAAAGAUGAUGGAAAGCCUCUGACUGUAGUGUAUGUGCCAUCCCAUCUCUACCACAUGGUAUUUGAACUUUUCAAGGUAUGCCUUAUUUUUUAAAACUUCAAAAUGAAUUACUUAUGAGCUUACUUUUUAAGUUCUGAGAAGAAAAUUGAACCUUAAAUGUGGAUUUGAUCUCUCCAGAAUGCCAUGAGGGCCACCAUGGAGUUAUAUGGCGAUUCUAUGGACUAUCCUCCUGUACAUGCCCAGGUUGCCCUGGGGAGUGAAGACUUGACAGUUAAGGUACAACUACUCUGCAGUGCUGCUUCUCAUUUAACCUCUCUUAUAUGGCUAGAGAGACGUCAUAUCAUCAUAUCAGUCUUAUCAGUGCAUCUCUAGUCUAUGCUAUUUCCUCUUCCAGGUGAGCGAUCGUGGAGGAGGGGUCCCUCUGAGGAAGAUCGAGAGGUUGUUCACCUACACAUACUCCACCGCCCCCCCACCCAGCAUGGACGGCCAACGCAGCCCUCUGGUGAGACUAUCCACUUUAUAACAAGGAGCACAUACUAUUAAUAUUAAUUACAAUAUUGUAAGCAUUCUCUUAUCUGUUCUGUUGUAGGCUGGCUAUGGGUACGGCCUGCCUAUCUCUCGAUUAUAUGCCAGAUACUUCCAAGGUGAUUUGAAGCUGUACUCUCUGGAGGGCUAUGGCACCGAUGCUGUGAUAUAUAUCCGGGUAAGUAAAAAAAAAAAGUAAACAAAAAUGAGACGUUAAGUGUUGAUGUUUUUCAGAAUAACUUGAGACCCAUUUCUCCAUUAUUCCCUCGACAAUUGUGUGCAGGCAUUGUCCACGGAGUCCAUCGAGAGGCUUCCUGUCUACAACAAGUCAGCCUGGAAGCACUACAAGACCAUGCACGAGGCAGACGACUGGUGUGUUCCAAGCAAGGAGCCCAAGGACAUGACAACAUUCCGUAGUUUUUAGGCCUAGAUGCCUCCUGGUUAGACUAUUGUCAUUUGCUAGAUGAUUUACUGUACAUUCAUUGUUUUGGUUGUAGUUGCUGAAUGAAUUGCUUUAUGUGAGUGAUGCUAUAUCUGCUCCACUUUGGGAAGCAAUAGGUCAAAAACCUUUGCACUUUUACUGGUUGCAUGUAUACGUAACUAACAACAAUGACAGAGCAUAGUUCUAGUGCCAUACAUUUCAUGUGAACAAUAGGUUUUGGUGUUUUGAUCAAUAGAGUUCCUUGACAGUCAUAUAUGCAAUGGUUUAAAGAAGUGAGUAUUUAUCAUCACUAAAUUGUAUAAACCCAUUCUGGAAGUGUUGCUUUGUCAAAACUGCCAUGUUUAUACCAUGUGUAUUAUGUGAAAGGAUUGCUUGGUUUCUAGCAUUUUGCUGAAAGGGAAAAAGAGUGAAUGUUGCUUGUUAUUUAUACUGAGUGUUCUCCACAGGCUGAAGAUGUUUGUUACAAAGCUGUGCAGCUACGAGGUCUUUUUCCAUGUCCUUCGCUAUCGUUGAAGGAAUGUUAUUAUCUUGACAGUAUAGAUGGAGUACAUAUUUUUUCUGUCCUACAGCUAUACAUGACGGAAGAGAAAUACAGAUAAAACUUGUUCUCACCAUUGAGAUACGUUUGAGGUGCAGUGUGGUUUCAUUGACUCAACCUUUCAAGAGAUAUAUGUUAUAUUUGUUGACCUUAUUAAAGUGCAUGUUAGUGGAACAUCCAUCUCAUGAAUGCGGAAACCAUUAGACCUCCCAAUUAAAGCACAAAAUACACCCACAACGGAA